GGUGUACCUGGUAAUCAGCUAGUCGAGGACAAACUGUGCCUGUUCAAAUACAAUAUUAACUCAACGUAUUGCUUAAUACUGCCGAAAUUGUCAUCGGAUGAGGACGUUAUGCACCAUAAGUCCGACAUAUUGACAGAGAUGACCAACUUUACACUUUACUACACCCUAUUGAUGAUCAUACCAUCGGUGGUGUCCUCGCUAUUUUUGGGCGCCUGGACCGACAAGUACCAGCCCGCCAAAAAGGCCUUGGUUAUUAUCGGAGCCUUUUGCGGCAUUUGCGAAGCAGUUAUUAAUGUCAUAAACGUUUGCUUAUAUGAUAUUUCGCCAUAUUAUACAAUAUUAAGUGGUAUCCCAAAUAUAUUCUCGGGAGGACUGUUGGGUCAGAUCACCGCCUUUUGGUCGUAUAUAGCGCUCACAACUCCCCGCAAAUACCUGGCCUUAAGAAUGACUUUUGCAGAACUCAUGAUGUCUUUAGCCUCGCCAGUGGGCACAUACGUAGGUGGGGCCGUACUUAACACCAGUCCCUUGAGCGCUGAUCAGGGCCAGUUGCACAAUUACAUCGGCGUGUAUAUCAUAUGCGGUGUGGCAAACCUACUGGCGCUCGUGUGGACCAUAUUCAAGGUGGACGAGAAGCGAGAUAUGGAGGAGUUUGAGCGCAGGUUUGGCACCCAUUCCUCCGAAGACAUGUCUGUCACCGAAGAGAUCCUUAAGAAACAGAAACAAUACGAAGACAACCGACACAUCCAUCCCAUAAAACUGCUCUUCGACUGCACUAAUGUUAAGGAUAUGUUGAAGACGUGUUGCAAACCGAGGGCUAAUCACGUGAGGCUUCAGAUAUGGCUACUGUUCCUGUCGAUGGCUAUCUAUAUCAUGGCAUACAUGGCUCCCGCUGUCUUCAUGUUUCAGUUCUGUCAGAAGAUUUACAAUUGGGAUUCAGAGAUCUAUAGCAAUGUGUCGGCCGGCGCCAGCUUUAUAUCAUGUGCGACCACUCUCAUCAUCGCACCCAUACUUAUCAAGUUGAAGUGGACCUAG